CUGAAGAGAAGGCAAGCAAAAGUUUUGUUCUGGUUCACUCUGUCAGGCCUCUUGGAAACUACAUUAUCUUUGGAAUAUUGCUGUGCAGAAAGAGGUUUACCAACAUGGUCACUUUGGGAAAGUGCCUUACAUGCUCAAGACUACAGUUAGCUGUGAUGUUUGUGGUAACAGUUUAUCUGAAUACAGAUGUCACAGUGGCUAUGCAGAUAACAUCCACAGGGUCUCAGACCAUUCAAAGAGCCCAGGGGGAGACAGUCGUGCUGGGAUGCACAUACACCCCUGCCCCCUCUGACACAGGAGAUCUGGACAUUGAGUGGAUGAGUGUCCAUCCAGACAUGACCCAGAAAGACCAGCUGGUCCUAUCUUAUACAGGAGGGCAGAAAUUGCAUUACGGGGACCCCAGCUUCUCUAAGAGGAUGGACUUCACAGGAGACCCUGCGUUGGGAGACGCAUCCGUCUCAUUCUCUGCAGUGAAAGCCUCAGACACAGCCACCUACCAGUGCAAAGUCAAGAAGGCGCCGGGUGUUGACAUGCGAAAAGUCACUCUGGUAGUGAUGGUCCCUCCAUCAGUGCCUAAGUGUUGGGUUGAAGGCGGUGAAGAGAAGGGAGCCGAUGUCUCCCUCCGAUGCAAGUCAUCCGUGGGAUCCACCCCCCUUAACUAUGUCUGGACCAGAGAGAGUGGAGGGGCCAUCCCGCCUACAGCAACACAAAACUCCCAGACUGGAGAGCUGAUGAUAAGAAAUCACUCAGAGAGCUACAUGGGAAAUUAUCUGUGUGUGGUGUCGAAUCCUGUGGGCAAAGAGCAGUGUAAAUACACCCUGCACGCAUACAACCGUCCCAACAAAGCAGGGGUCAUAGCGGCUGCUGUGAUUGGUGCACUGCUACUGUUGCUCCUCCUCCUGCUUCUCAUCUGGCUUCUGGUCUGCUGCUGCCACAAGCGUCGCUAUGAGAAGGAGGUUGCCCAUGAAAUCAGGGAGGAUGCCCCAGCCCCAGAGAGCCGACCCGCCAGCAGGAACUCCAGCUUCCGCUCGGUCCUAGGCUUCCGCUCCCCCCCUGGGGCAGUCUAUAGCUCAGUGAGAAAAGGUCAGCCCAAGAGGACAGAAUCAGACAAUAGGAGCUUCUACACCAACAGUAGCAUAGGCAUGCCUGCCCCCAGCAAGCAGAAAGCCCCUCAUUUGCCACCUGUGCUGAAAUAUGACAGCAGUAAUGGUUACCCUGUGUAACAAUGUUUUGGGUUGGGGUAAGGAUAAGCAUGAAAGCAUUACAGGAUAUGUAUAAUCUCAUUCCCAUGCUACUUCCCCCCUGUACUUUGUGCAACAGCCUGAAAACUCUUGGUGCAAUAGUGCAAUGGAUAAUGUUUUAGUCACGUGAAGCUCAAUUGAGGAUUUUGCCAAUGAGAAUGAGUGAGAAAGAGAUUAUAUUUAAAGUGUAUGUCAGAUGCAGUGGUGUAAAAAUACUUGAAAGUACUACUUAAGUUGUUUUUUGGGAUAUCUGUACUUCACUAUUUAU